UCUCGCGGGGUUUAGCGUGGCACUAGGAGGCUGGGCCUGCGGGAGGGGGUGGUGGUCCGUUAGUGGCGUCGGCCUCUGGCUGCGGUGGUCGCGCUUAGUCGUUUGCUCGCCCGGAGCUGCUCAGGCUGGAGGCCAGCUAGCUCUUGCCGCCGCCUCGGUCGCGAUGGGGGCGCAGGACCGGCCGCAGUGCCACUUCGACAUCGAGAUCAACCGGGAGCCGGUUGGUCGCAUUAUGUUUCAGCUCUUCUCAGACAUAUGUCCAAAAACAUGCAAAAACUUCCUUUGCCUAUGCUCAGGGGAGAAAGGCCUUGGAAAAACAACUGGGAAGAAGUUAUGUUAUAAAGGUUCUACAUUCCAUCGUGUGGUUAAAAACUUUAUGAUUCAGGGUGGGGACUUCAGUGAAGGUAAUGGAAAAGGUGGAGAAUCAAUUUAUGGUGGAUAUUUUAAAGAUGAAAACUUUAUUCUCAAACAUGACAGAGCGUUCCUUUUGUCAAUGGCAAAUCGAGGGAAACAUACCAAUGGUUCCCAGUUUUUCAUUACCACAAAACCUGCUCCACACCUGGAUGGGGUCCAUGUUGUCUUUGGACUAGUUAUUUCUGGUUUUGAAGUAAUUGAACAAAUUGAAAAUCUGAAAACUGAUGCUGCAAGCAGGCCUUAUGCAGAUGUGCGAGUUAUUGACUGUGGGGUGCUUGCCACGAAAUCAACAAAAGAUGUUUUUGAGAAAAAAAGGAAGAAACCAACUCAUUCAGAAGACUCGGAUUCAUCUUCCAAUUCCUCUUCCUCGUCUGAAUCAUCUUCAGAAAGUGAAAUUGAACACGAGAGAAGCAGAAGAAGGAAACAUAAGAGGAGGCCAAAAGUUAAACAUUCUAAAAAGAGACGAAAGGAAGCAAGCAGUUCAGAAGAGCCAAGGAAUAAACAUAUAAUGAGCCCAAAGGGUCACUCUGAGAGGAGUGAUACCAAUGAAAAACGGGCAGUCGAUUCAAAUGCUAAAAGGGAAAAGCCUGUGGUUCGCCCAGAAGAGAUUCCUCCUGUGCCUGAGAACCGAUUUUUACUGAGAAGAGAUAUGCCUCUUGUCACGGUGGAACCUGAACCGAAGAUUCCUGAUGUUACACCCAUCGUAAGUGAUCAGAAACCAUCUCUAUCGAAGUCUGGACGGAAGAUUAAAGGAAGGGGCACAAUUCGCUAUCACACACCUCCAAGAUCCAGACCCUGUUCUGAGUCGGAUGACGAUGACAGCAGUGAAACUCCUCCUCACUGGAAAGAGGAAAUGCAGAGGUUGAGAGCAUAUAGACCACCCAGUGGGGAAAAAUGGAGCAAAGGAGAUAAGUUAAGUGACCCCUGUUCAAGCCGAUGGGAUGAAAGAAGCUUGUCCCAGAGAUCCAGAUCAUGGUCCUAUAAUGGAUAUUAUUCAGAUCUUAGUACAGCAAGACACUCUGAUGGUCACCAUAAAAAACGCAGAAAAGAGAAAAAGGUUAAGCAUAAAAAGAAAGCUAAAAAGCAGAAACAUUGCAGAAGACACAAACAGACUAAGAAGAGAAGGAUUAUUGUACCAUCUGACAUAGAAUUCUCAAAAUCUUCCACCCGACGAAUGAAAUCUUCUUGUGAUAGAGAAAGGAGAUCUCGUUCUUCCUCGGUAUCAUCUCAUCAUUCAUCAAAGAGGGACUGGUCUAAAUCUGAUAAGGAUGAACAGAGCUCUUCAACCCAUUCCAGCAGAGACUCAUACAGAUCAAAAUCUCACUCACAGUCUUACUCUAGAGGAAGCUCAAGAUCAAGAACUCCAUCAAAAUCCUCAUCACAUUCUCGAAGUAGAUCAAAGUCCAGAUCUAGUUCCAAGUUGGGGCACCAAAGGACAGCAUCAAAAUCACCAAGAAAAACUGCCUCUCAGUUAAGUGAAAAUAAACCAGUUAAAACAGAACCUUUAAGAGCAACAGUGCCACAAAAUGAAAACGUUGUAGUACAACCAGUGGUAGCAGAAAAUAUUCCUGUAAUACCACUGAGUGACAGUCCCCCUCCUUCAAGGUGGAAGCCCGGACAGAAGCCCUGGAAGCCCUCUUAUGAGCGAAUUCAGGAAAUGAAAGCUAAAACAACUCAUUUGCUGCCCAUCCAAAGCACUUAUAGUUUAGCAAAUAUUAAAGAGACUGGUAGUUCAUCAUCCUACCAUAAAAGAGAAAAAAAUUCAGAAAGUGAUCGGAGUGCUUAUUCAAAAUACAGUGAUAGAAGUUCAGAAAGUUCACCAAGGUCAAGGAGCAGAUCUUCUAGGAGUAGGUCUUAUUCUAGAUCAUACACAAGGUCACGAAGUCUAGCUAGUUCACAUUCAAGGUCCAGGUCUCCCUCAUCCAGAUCUCAUUCACGAAAUAAAUAUAGCGAUCAUUCACAGUGUAGUAGAUCAUCUUCAUACUCUUCUCUUAGCAGUGAUGAUGCAAGACAAGCCAAGAGAAAAUUUAGAUCCAAUGGGAAAAACAAUAACGCUUCAAAUAAAAGAUACAGCAGCAGCUCUGAAAAGACACUUCGCAAUAAAUAUGUCAAAGGCAGAAACAAGUCUUCAUGUCAGAGAAAGUAUAGCGAAAGCAGAUCAUCUUUAGAUUAUUCUUCAGACAGUGAACAGUCAAGUGUUCAGGUUACACAGUCAGCCCAGGAAAAAGAGAAGCAAGUCCAAAUGGAAAUGAAUAAUAAACAAGAGAAAAACAGAGAUGAAGAGAAAUCCAAGCCUGAAUGGGAAUGCCCUCGUUCAAAAAAAAGAACUUUGAAAGAAAAUCUUUCUGAACACUUUAGAAAUGGCAGUAAGCCCAAAAAGAAGAAUUAUGCUGGGAGUAAAUGGGACUCGGAGUCAAAUUCUGAACGAGAUGUAACUAAAAGCAGUAAAAAUAAUUCCCGGCCAUCUUCUGAUAAGGAGGAAGGUGAGGCCACAUCAGAUUCUGAAUCUGAGUGUGGUGAAAUUCACAUCAAAGCCAAACCCACAGCAAAAUCUUCAGUGAAUACUUCACUGCCUGAUGGUCAUGGGGCUUGGAAAUCAAGCAAACAGCGGUCAUCAACCUCUGAUUCUGAGGGGUCCUAUUCCAAUUCAGAGAACACUAGAGGAAAGCCACGGAAGCACAAACAUGGGUCAAAGGAAAAUCUUAAAAGGGAACACACUAAAAAAGUGAAAGAGAAAUUGAAAGGGAAAAAAGACAAAAAGCACAAGGCUCCAAAACGAAAACAGGCAUUUCACUGGCAGCCUCCACUCGAAUUUGGUGAAGAUGAGGAGGAGGAAAUUAAUGAAAAGCAAGUUACUCAGGAAGCAAAAGAGAAAAAACAAGUUUCUGAAAACAGUGAAACCAUAAAAGAAAAUAUUCCCAAAACGGAGAAGUCUUGUGAAGAUGGCAACCUUUCGGGUAAACGUAAUACAGUAACACUUCCAUCAGAUAUUGAUCAGCCUACUAAAGAUGACAGUAAACUCGGCAUUUCUCCCACAGCUUUAAAUACUGAGGAAAAUGUACCCAGUUCUCCCCAAAACAUUCAGCAUAUUGAAGAAAGUGUCCCAAGCGGAGUGGAGGACGUGCUUCAAACAGAUGAUAACAUGGAGAUUUGCACACCUGAUAGGAGUUCCCCAGCAAAGGUAGAGGGGGCCUCCCCUCUAGGAAAUUCAAGGCUUGACACCCUGGAUAUAAACGUUCUAAAGCAGGAUAUAUCAACAGAGCAUCCUGAAGCAGAGGUCGUAAAACAGGAAAGCAGCAUGUCGGAAAGCAAAAUGAUGGGUGAAGUGGGGAAACAGGACAGUCCCUCUGCUAGCUUGGCCAGUGCUGUAGAAAGCACUGUUGUGAAGAGGGAGGUGGCUGAGAAGAGCCAGAUCAGCCUCAUGGAUAAUAAAUGGAAGCCCCUGCAAGGUGUGGGGAACCUGGCAGCACCGACUGCUGUCACAUCCAGUGCUGUGGAAGUUAAGGCAUUGAGUAGUGUGCCUGAAAUGAAACCACAAGGCUUGAGAAUAGAAAUUAAAAGCAAAAAUAAAGUUCGGCCUGGGUCUCUCUUUGAUGAAGUAAGAAAGACAGCACGCUUAAACCGGAGGCCACGAAAUCAGGAGAGUUCAAGUGAUGAGCAGACACCUAGUCGAGAUGGUAAUAGCCAGUCCAGGAGUCAAAGUAGAUCUCGAAGUAAAUCUGAAACCAAAUCAAGACACAGAACAAGGUCUGUCUCCUACAGUCACUCAAGAAGUCGUUCACGAAGUUCCACGUCAUCUUAUCGAUCAAGAAGCUACUCUAGAAGUCGGAGCAGAGGAUGGUACAGCAGAGGCCACACCAGAAGCCGGAGCAGUUCCUACCGCAGUUACAAAAGUCAUAGGACGUCCAGCAGGAGCAGAUCCAGGAGCAGCUCGUAUGAUCCCCACAGUCGGUCCAGCAGGUCCUACACUUAUGAUAGCUACUAUAGCAGGAGUCGGAGUCGAAGUAGAAGCCAGAGGAGUGACAGUUACCACCGAGGCAGAAGUUACAACAGGCGGUCCAGGAGUUGUAGAUCUUAUGGCUCUGACAGUGAAAGUGACCGAAGUUACUCUCAUCACCGGAGUCCCAGUGAAAGCAGCAGAUAUAGUUGAAAAUGUCCCCUUUUUUGAUACCAAUUAUCUCUUAUUUGUAAAUAUCUGGUAACUUAAAAGUUUAAGAAACUUAAUGGCAGUCUGUUGUUCUAUUUCAAUAUUAGAGAUGAAUUUCAAAAAUAGACACUUGUUAAUUUUCAUUUACAUGUGUGUAGAAUUUAAAAUACAGAUAUGUCUCCUAAAAAUAUUUUUAUGCCACAUUUUACAGUAGCCAACUACAGAAAUGAAUUUCAUUUUCUUGAAUCAAGAAAUCAUGAAAUAUAAUUUGCAAUAUUAUUUUAGAUAGACUAUUUCUCUCCAUCUCAUGUAUUCCUUAGAAUACAGAUUCUUUUCACCCAUUUUUCAGGUUUUAGCAUAUAUGCUGCCAAGUGUAGAACUGUGGAGAACUGUUAAAGGUGGCCAAAUAUUUAUAUACCAAUUACACAGAGUCUUAUACAUAUGUGCUCUUAAAAAGAAACCACCCAGUAUUGAUACUGAUGGUAGCCAGGAAUAGAGGCAGUGACUCUGGGUUCUUAACUCAUUCCUUACUUCUGUGUUGUCUCAGAGGAUCAGGAAGGUGGUCAUCAGACAGCCCACUGUCUGUAUUACUGCAGUGGCGGGUAUGGUUAAGAAGAAUAAAUCAGCCUUAACUAUAAAUACUGGAACUGUCUCUAAGGACUUAAUGUUUUAUGUGCUUUUUAAUCAAUGCUAUCAGAAGUUUAGAUUGUAAAAAACAAUUCUACUCCAAUUCAUGCUUUGGUGCUUGGUACCUUUUGGUGCCUCUAAGCAUUAUUCUUAUAUAUUAUACAUUAGAAUCUCAUGAGAGAGAGAGAGAAGAUUGUUUUUUUUUAAUUCAUUGGCACCAAACAUGAUUCCUUCUGAGCUGUAUUCCUUUUGGAU